AUGUGCAGCGCAGUGCUUCUUCUGGUCCUGUUAUUGCUUCUGGUCACCUUUGCGUACAACAUAACUUUUCAUCCCCUCGCAGACGUUCCGGGUCCCAGGUUAGCUGCGAUCUCUAGUACCUGGCUCGCUUCUCACGCAAAGAACGGGCGCCUGGGCGAAUUGGGGCGUACGCUGCAUAGUCAAUACGGACCGGCUGUCCGAGUCGCCCCGGAUCAAGUAUGGUUCAACAGCAGGGCUGCCUUCAAGGCCAUCUAUCGCCCUGGAAGUGGCUUUGAAAAGUCGGAUUACUAUCGUCAGUACCAUCCACUGGGCCUUCAAAUCUAUUCCAAUAAUGAUGACGUGGGAAACUGA